AUGCAGCCGCCCGUGCCACCUGUGCCCGGGCCCCUGGCGCUGCUGGACACGACAGAAGCGUUUGCUAAAAGGAAGAAGACGUCCCUUUGGUUUGCUGUCUCUCUCCUAAUCGUGUCCAUCUUCAUACUGACCAUAGGCCUUGCUGCAACGACCAGAACUGAGAAUGUGACCGUGGGAGGCUAUUACCCAGGAAUCAUUCUGGGCUUCGGAUCUUUCUUAGGGAUUAUUGGCGUGCACCUCGUGGAGAACAGAAGGCAGAUGUUGGUCGCAUCAAUCAUCUUUAUCAGCUUUGGACUGGUGGCCGCAUUCUGUUGUGCAAUAAUCGACGGUAUGUUUGCUACGCAACACAUAGAACUGGGGCCACUCACCACUGGAAGAUGCCAAUUCUACUCAAGUGGGGUAGGAUACCUAUAUGACGUCUACCAGACAGAGGUCACCUGCCAAUCCUUGAAUGGCCAAUGCCAGUUGAAAGUGAAGAGCAACACCUGCUACUGCUGUGACCUCUACCACUGUGGAAGCCCAGAACACUCUCCAAGCUACUACGAGUUCGUGGGAGUCAGCACCUGUCAGGAUGUGAUCCACCUUUACCGGCUCCUGUGGACAUCGACGGUGCUCAACAUCAUUGCCUUGUUCCUAGGCAUCAUCACUGCAGCGGUCCUGGGGGCCUUCAAGGACAUGGUCCCUCUGUCCUCCCUGGCCUAUGGCUCCUCCUCUCCUUCGCGGAUCCUCUACAAUUCCUCCCAGCAAGUCCUGACCUACCCGAGCUUCUGCCCAUCAGUAGCAACCAUCGCAACAUACUCGUCCUCCUACCCUUUGCCUCUCCAGACCAUUUGUGACCGGAUUGUCAUUUUGGAUGCUGUUUCCUUUGUGUGA